UAAUAACAUUUAUGAACCUAACCAAACUAGAUCCGACCCCGCUCGACCCGACCCAUGAAACGACCCAUGACCCGUUAAAAUUCUUCAGAUCAACCGGGUCGCCCGUCUGGAAUCAUCUUUGGUGAGGAUUCAGAAUUACAUUAUUUGCUUAAUCAAGCAAAUUCCAUGAAGCGAUCUAAGGAUCCUUUUGAAGCUGCUUUUGAGGAGCCGGAUGACUCACCCCCUGAAUCCCCUGGUGGCGAUGAAGAGAAUGAAGGCCAAGACCAAGGUGCAGUUGGUGUUGAAGUGCAUGGAGGUGGCGAUGUUAAUACUGAUUCUCGAGAACAACCUUCAACAUCUAAAGCUACACCAGUCGCUGUUGGUACUGCUGGUCCAAUUAGCAAGCCCAAAGAGGAAGAUGAGGAGGAAGAGGAAGAAAACAUGGACGUGCAGCUAGGAAAACUCUCAUCAAGUAGUGAUCCUGACAAACUGGCGAAGAUGCAGUCCAUCUUAUCCCAAUUUACAGAUGAGCAAAUGAGUAGAUAUGAAUCUUUUAGGAGAUCUGGAUUUCAGAAAUCCAACAUGAAACGGUUGCUGACCAGCAUCACAGGAAGUGCAAAGAUAUCUAUUCCUAUGACAAUUGUGGUGUCUGGGAUAGCAAAAAUGUUUGUCGGUGAGCUUAUUGAAACAGGAAGCUUGACGCUACAACUAGGGAAAACAAGGAAUUUUAAGCAAGAAAAAUAGAAUGACUCUCCUGCCUCAGCGUCAGCCCAAGCAGUUCUGCUCCUUUGUUCCAAGUAGUCUCCGACUCUGUUACCCUCUUUCCCUUCUUCUCCUCUCCCUUUUCCAUAAGACUGAUAGACAGAAUUUUUCGUAAACCUCAGUGAAUUAUGUUUAACCAACUUCCGGUCUGCCUAUGCAGUGAAGAUAUGUUAAUACCUGAAUAGUGCUUUUGCUAUGUUGAAGUUCAGUUAAUAGAAGGGGUAGCGGUGCCAAUCGUAGUGUUUCAAGGUGGAAAUGUCCUCGGUUAAGGAAAGUUGAAGGGCCUAUACUGCAUUUACUUUGUCCAAGUAAUCACGUGUUCAAUCAUCUGACAAUUCAUUUUGCAGCUAAAAUGGUGAUGGCAGAGAGAAAAGAUACAGGACCUAUCAGGCCAUGUCACAUAAGAGAAGCAUAUAGAAGGCUAAAACUUGAAGGCAAGAUUCCCAAGAAAACAGUGCCAAGGCUUUUCCGGUAGCGGACAUGGAAGCAAACUGUAGUUUAUUUCAGGUUCACUGUCCUCCUUUUGCUUACAAGUCCUCUAAUGUGCCUGCCUUGAAUUGUUGCACAUCUUUAAUUUCUUUGCACUUUUAGUUCAGGUAAAAAUUGUUAGUCACAAAGUUGUCGCAGUUCUGCUUGCCUUAUUAUAUGUAAGACUUCCUGUUGAAAGAGGGAGCCUUGGAGUAACUGGUAAAAUUGUUGCCAUGUGACCAGGAGGUCACGGGUUCAAGCCUUGGAAACAA